UUGCCAGGCAACCGUAUAUGGGGUUUGGUGGCCUCGUUAGCAGGUUUGUAGAUAAGACUCCUCGCGGGUCGGAGUGAUGUCUGUGUGGCGGCGGGGAAGGAGAAAGAACUCUGGGAUCUCCUAACUGGUGAGAGAAGAGGACGAAUUUUAACUGCCAAAAUGCUGAUGUUAAUGCCCAGUCCACAGAUUUAUGUUGAAAGAACCCUGGCAAUCAUUAAACCAGAUAUCAUCAACAAAGAAGUAGAAAUAGAAGAUGUCAUUCUCAGAUCAGGAUUCACCAUUGUUCAGAAACGAAAGCUCCAACUAAGCCCAGAGCAGUGUAGUAACUUCUAUGUAGAACAGUAUGGAAAAAUGUUCUUUCCUAACUUGACAGCUUAUAUGAGUUCUGGGCCUUUAGUUGCGAUGGUUCUUGCUCGGCAUAAAGCUAUCUCAUACUGGAAGGAGCUGCUUGGACCCUCAAGUAGCAUAGUAGCUAAGGAAACGUAUCCUGACAGCUUAAGAGCAAUCUAUGGAACAGAUGAUCUAAGAAAUGGACUUCAUGGCAGUAUUAACUUUUCCUCAGCUGAAAGGGAGAUCCGGUUCAUGUUUCCUGAAGUGAUUAUUGAACCUAUCCCUGUUGGACAAGCUGCUAAAGAUUACCUGAACCUUUAUGUCACUCCUACACUGCUGAAAGGACUUACAGAACUGUGUAAGAGGAAACCAGCAGAUCCUUUCAGUUGGCUGGCUGAUUGGCUAAUUGAACAUAAUCCCAACACGCCUAGAUUGCGGCAUAAUGUGAUUGUAGAGGAACCUUAAAGAGGAAAACUCAGUUGCAAGAUGUUAACACUCAUGGAAAAACUUUCAGUUAAAAAUCUAAUGAUUUUGAUUUCACUGUCUGUCUCUUGCAUUUCUU